CGGCAACUGCCGUUCCGGGAGCAGGACGGGGUCAGCAGUGCCCCGGAAGCGGAAGCGGCGUGACUGGGAGCGGUCGCUUUCCUUUCCGGCCGGGGAGCGUGCUCGGGGCAGCGAGAGAGGCCGUCUGUAGCCAUGAGCGUCCCGGCUUUUAUCGAUAUAACCGAGGAAGACCAGGUCAGGAUGGGGAGCGGCUGCUGGUUUCCCUCCGUCGCUGCCCCUCCCGGAAUACAGGAGGGCAGCUGUUGCCUCCUCAGGUGCCAGAGGCCACCGCUAGGGAGGGGGGGGAAUCACUCGAGGGACCUCAUUCAGACGUAUACACGGGUUCCACGCGCGCCCUACGAAGCGCCGCUUUGAAGCGAAGUGCUCCCAGCCUCUGCCGUGAAGGACGCCGAGGCUGGCGGGGCUUUGCUUCCUAGCAGCUUCGUAGGCCCAGCUGGGGCCUCGUCCGGCCUUUAGACUCGGAUCCUUUCUGCACCUGCUCGCCCCUCCCCCCCCCGGCCGCUGUGGCCUCGCUAGCAAACGCCCUUCCUGCGAGGUUGGUUGCCCGGGAGCCUUUCUCGCUGGAUCAGCCCCGCUGUCUCUAGUGGCGCUUAACCGCCCAGGGAUUGUGUUUAAGAGCACGAUGGGAAAUGAAUAUUUCUGCCUGUCAACAUGUAUCGAAUGAGAAGUUACAGGCAGUAUAAUCAUAGCUGUCAACGUUCCCCUUUUUUAAAGGGAAAUUCCCUUAUUCCGAAUAGGAUUCCUCGCAAGAAAAGGGAAAAGUUGACAGCUAUGUGUAUAACAGGGGUCAGCAACCUAAGGCCCAUGGGCCGGAAGCGACCCACGGAGGUUGUUUGACCGGCCCACGAGCCACCCCCAAACUGAGUUGCCCACUUGCGCGCAGCGCAGGGACUCGCUUCUGCAGCACCGGAAAUCGUGUAUGUGCACGCACAGAUGCCAAAAAUCCCGUGCACGAUCCGGCCCGUGGAGGGAUCUCCAUAUCUCCAUGGGACCAAUCUGGACCAGACAAGAUAAACCUUGCUGACCCCGCUGUAUAAUAUAGAGAGCCCCAUGAAGGGCUUUGUUUGGAGGCUGAUCUGAUCAUAUUUCUUUACUACUACUCCCCCUGCUUUGUAUGUGUUAGUGGUUCUUGUUCAGGAAGAAUAGAGAGCAUAUUCUUAAAUGUAUAUUUAUUACAUGGCUAGGAGGAAUGUGAUCAAGUAGUGGGAGCUUUGGAGUUAAGCUAUUUAACACAGCAUCGGCGUAGAGUCACAAAGAGUAAACAGGAUUAUCAUAAGUGUAUAUUUAUGACAUUACUAGGAGGAAUAUGAUUAAAGGAUGUUAUUUUUAUAGAUGCUUUUUUCCUUUGAAAAGGCUGCAGAACUAAGGGCUUACUUGAAAUCUAAGGGAGCUGAGAUAUCAGAAGAAAAUUCUGAAGGUGGACUUCAUAUUGACUUGGCUCAGAUCAUUGAAGCAUGUGAUGUGUGCCUGAGGGAUGAUGAUAAAGGUUGGUGUUUGCAUAAUUUAGGAAGCUAUUGAUAAGCAUCUGACCUAGAGUUGUGCUCUAGUUUCUUUAUCUGCCUUCUAGAAAAGUGAGAUGUUCUCCUUUAGGGCAUAAUUGUAUACAAGGGGCCAAGUUUUACAUGUGGGCACAGCUGCCUACCUGUCAGUUACCUGAUGAUAAAUCUAAGUCAAAGGAUAGAGUGAGGCUUUUAUUUAGAAAAAUAAGAACACUGAAGUGGAACAUGAUAAACAUACUGGAUAGUGUGGAGUAAUUGGGUAGAACUUGACAUUUCCCAAUGAAUUUGUUUAGCAGUCAAUUUCAAGUGCUUCUUCACACAAUGUAUAAUUAAUUAAUUAUUAGUCAUCCAAUGUAUAAUUAGCAAUGGUGUCCUGAUUUGCACAACUGUGCAGAGGACAGGGGUGUAACAGUUUUUUGUCUAAUGCCAGUUAUCAAAGUAGCCAUUGUAAUUUUUUUAUACUUCAUUUCAACACCCUUCAGACAAAAACAAGAGAGUUGUAUGGAUGUAUCUAUGGCCUUUUAAACUGGGAGUGUGUGUUUCAGUUUUUGUUAAGUAUGUUGUGUUAUGUAUUUUUGUGUCUUUAUACUGUAAGCUGCCCUGUGGUGCUUGCAUGAAGGGCGAUAUAGAAAUUCAAUAAAUAAAUAAAUUGGAAGUCAAGUAAACAUGCCACAGUUACUGUUGGUGUUUGCAAAAAGAGUUUUCUGUAUGUUGUAUUAACAAUGUAAAGCUGAGACAGUCUUACCAAAGAACAAUUCAGUGUCACAUUUUUCAUUACAGAAAUAUGUUUUUGUUUUUCAAUAUAGAUGUUGAAAGUGUGAUGAACAGUGUAGUAUCUCUGCUUCUUAUUCUGGAACCUGACAAACAGGAAGCUUUGAUUGAAAGUCUGUGUGAGAAAUUGGUCAAAUUUCGGGAAGGUGAACGACCAUCACUCAGACUGCAGCUGUAAGUGACUUAGGUGAUUGAAUGGAAUAAAUACGUCUUGUACCACAAUUAUUCCAUGAGAAACAGGAUUUUUGGCAGAAUGUAUUAAGGGUAUCUUUGAGUGGGUCAGUAAAUUAUGUCUGGGCUUGAUGGCCAAUCAUUAGUGUCUUCCAAUCAGUUGUAAGGUAAAGGUAAAGGACCCCUGGACAGUUAAAUCUGAUCUCACCACAAUAAUGCUUUGAGUUAGAUGCACUGGAAGCAGCGGUCUGGGAACAGUGGGGGAUUCAAAGAAAUAGGGUGCCUCUAUCAUUCUGGGACUAGUUAAGGGCAGCCACUUGCCAUCAUGCUUUGCAUUCUUAAAUAAGAAAAAGUACAAGUUUAUCUGGUUGCAGAUGCACUGCAGAUUGUACACUGGUACAAAACAUACAUACUGUCAAAGAGAUUUUGGCUGCAGUCCCAUGUGCAUUAACUUGGAAGAAAGUCUUACUGAAUUUGUGCAGUUCGCCUCUGAGUAAGCAUGUGUAGGAAUAAUUUUGUACUGCUGAAAAAGAGAAGAGAGAGGUGGAACCAAAGCAAAUAAACACUUGUUAGACACAUAGAUUUUAUUCAGUAUUUUAUUUACAUACCAGAGUAAGCAAAUUUAUUAAAAGCUCUUAAAUAGAAGCUCUGAAAGCCACCAGUUUUUUUUGCACCACGUGCAAGGUAUGGCACAUUUUAAAAGGGAAUGUUAGGCAAAUGUGGAUAUAUGCUACAAUGGAUAUGUCUAGUUUUAAAUCCCUCUCCUUCCAGUGCUUGGGUUAAGCAGAACAGCUUCCAUUUCAGCCCAACUCCUCAUGUUUCAUAGAUAUUAGCAACAUACUCCAAGCUUGAGGACUCUUCCAUCCAUGCUGACCUCUCUAUGCCAUAUUGUCGUCCCAGCCCUGUUUGAGUACAACAAAAUCACUCUUGAGAUUCUCACUCCUACUAACUGCUCUACAGUUCUUCCUGCUGCCAUUGCUCAAUGCAGCAGUGAGCACAACCCCUUUGCCUACUUAAGGCAAAAACUUUUUCUUCUGCUGCUUAGGCAAACAUAAGACACAACUUGAGUGAAACUUGGUUGAACUUAAUAGUGGCAGAAGUGAUGACUUUAAACAUUUUUAAUGCUUGUAUUUAUUUCUGUGUACAUUACAUGAGCAGUGUAUGUCCAUUAAUACAUUACAAAUGUUGGAAAUUAAUUGACUUGUCAUUAUUCCUUAGACUGAGUAAUCUCUUCCAUGGCAUGGAGAAGAAUACCCCUUCAAGGUAUACAGUCUACUGCAGCCUCCUUAAAGUAGCCUCCAGCUGUGGAGCUAUACGGUACAUUCCAACUGAACUGGAGCAGGUAAGCAGUUGAAUAGUAUUUGCAUAUUAACAAAGAAUACCUUAAAAAAUUAAUAAGAUUUGCAACAAACCAAAAUACAUCAUAAGAAUUACAUAAUAAGAUGCAUAAUCAAGAACCCCUUCUUGAUUAAGGGAAUCCCAAAUUGUGAUUGUAAAAAUAACAAACGUGUUGUUGUUUUCUUUAUGCAAGCCUGUCUGGAGUGCAUCCCAAGACAGAGAGUAUCCAUUCUCUUAAGGGAAAAGUAAAGCAUGGAUGGGAAAUUUCCAUUAAUGAUUUCUGCUCCUGAGCAAGGCACAGAACAUAGUUUCAUAAUUUCACAUUCUUCUGAUUUUUAAAAUAUUUGCAUUUUCAAAAAUUGAACUUAAAAUAACUUUUCUCAGUAGUGAAAAUCAUUGCCUUCUGUGUCAAACCUUUUAUAGGUUCGAAAAUGGAUUUCAGAUUGGAAUCUUACCACGGAGAAAAAGCACACCCUUCUUCGACUGCUCUAUGAUGUUCUCGUGGAUUGCAAAAAGAGGUAACUGAGACUACGUACUGUGCCAAACAAUGUUGGCACAAUUCAUUGAGGCAGGGGAAGAUCACCAAAUAUUUACCAUUUCAAUUAUUGUUUUUAAAUUUGUAUGACUUGUGUUCAGUUGUGUGCUUAAUAUAAAGGGCUGCUUGUUCCAUUUGAAUGGUACAAAUAUUAAUUAUUAGAUUGCAUAUGACAAUUUAUGUUUAAUAAUAUUUUUAUUUUGGUAUUAAAUGCUAUAUUGUAAACUGUUAAGCCAUCAUAGAGGAGAAAGGAGUCAUUUUUAAAACACUCCUCCUCCACGUCCAUGUUUGUUUCAUGGGGUGCAAGUGGGGUGAAAAGGAGAUUGAUUUUUCUCUCUACCUGAACAUUGGGGAAGAUGGGUAGAGUGUUUUUGGGGUAAAGGUCUCUCUCCUCUGUUGGGUUUGCUUGAAAUGAUUGCUCAAGUGGUGGAGAACAGGUGAGCGUUAAUGAUUGCUCAAGUGGUGAACAGGUGAGCAUUCAUCUGAUCUCCACUCAAAAAACGAUGGAUUAUCUUAGACAGAAGAAACUGAUCUCCAGUUUCUCCAUAUGGACUGAGUUCAAAAAGUGAGACAGGUAUAUACUAUACUUUCUUAUUGACACACACAAUUAAUCAGUUAUCGGAGCCUGAUGUUUCUGGAGUCUUUACUGGAAACGUAAUGUGGAUGGUUUUUCCCUUCUGAGUGCAAACUAAAAAAAGAAAAGAAAGCACAAGAACUCACCGCAGCCUACUUCUGUUCUUUUUAUAGUGAAGUUUUACAGAACUGCUUGAUAAGACUUUUUUCCAGGUCAAACUUGAUUGUGAUAGUGAUUAGCUGUCAGUACAAAAUCUUAAAAUAGCAAAGGUCUCACUAGGGCUGUUAAAAAACUGUGCUAGUAAAGAAAAUAGACUUUGGGGCUUUAAGAAAAAUGGAGAUAUGCCUUUGUUUUGAUUAAAGAAUAGAUGUGUCUUUUAUUAUGAUAAUAUGAAAUUAUGUUGUUUUUCUAAGCUGUUCUAUUUGGGUCUUGAGAAUCACUGGUGCUAAAUGUAGAAACAUGACGCUUGACAUUGGGAUUAGUCUUAAGAAAACCCUCAAGGUUGAAGUAGUGGUAAUAGCACAAUAUAGUUGGAAGUAAAGCUAAUUUUUGUAUGAAAGCUGUGCUUUUAUAACUUAAUGUUAUUGUCAUCUUUCAAAAGCCAAUUAAAAGCAAAACAAGAUCACCAUUUUAUAAAUGCACUGUUCCCAUAAUAUGAGAUGCUCUAAUUUUGAAAGUAACAUUUUUUUAUUUGACUUUUAUUAUCCUUUUAUCCAAGAGAUUUAUAGCCUUCCCUUCAUCAAUAUUGUGUUGUUUCAAUUACAUUCAUUCUCAGGAGCAAGAUAGUGUAAGUAAGAAAUUGUACUCUAUAAGUGUAGUAAUUGAGAAUAGAGAUUUCAGUAACAGAAGAGUGAAGCCCUCCCCACUCCUGAUAAUAUCUGCUCCUUGAUUUUCAUACAAUUUUCAGCAUUACUUUGCUUUUUAAUGAUUGUAUCCAGAUGUGUUCUAGUAAGUCGUGUAAAGAUGUUUUCACCUAAGAGAGAAAAUUCUGUAACUGGCAGGUAAUUUAUCAGUUUAAAAGUAUAAAAUAAACUGUAAAGUUCUACUUUUUAAAAAAAAAAACAAAGACCCCUGAGACUGAAUGACUAUGCAGCUGUUUUACCACUUUGGUACCAUUGACAGUCAAAACUCCUACAUCCUUUCAAGUGCACUUUUCAUUUGAAUCAUAGCUUCACAGUGCCUUUAACUAUCUGACCAUCUCCUUUGAUACUUCCUUUCUCAUACAGUUAGAAUUUUGGGGUCACCCAAUGAAUCUGAAUGUUGGAACAUUCAGGAGAAACAAUAAGAAGCACUUACUCACACAGUGUAUAAUUAAGCAAUGGAAAUUGCUCUAACAUAACUACUGCAUGUAUGGGAUGCGGGUGGCGCUGUGGGUUAAACCACAGAGCCUAGGACUUGCCAAUCAGAAGGUCGGCGGUUCAAAUCCCCGCAACAGGGUGAGCUCCCGUUGCUCGGUCCCUGCUCCUGCCAACCUAGCAGUUCGAAAGCACGUCAGAGUGCAAGUAGAUAAAUAGGUACCGCUCCGGUGGGAAGGUAAACAGCAUUUCUGUGCGCUGCUCUGGUUCGCCAGAAGUGGCUUAGUCAUGCUGGCCACAUGACCCGGAAGCUCCCUUGGCCAGUAAAGCGAGAUGAGCGCCGCAACCCCGGACCUAAUGGUCAGGGGUCCCUUUAUCUUUAACUACUGCAUGUAGUACAAGCAACAACCGUCUUAGACACAUCCAACUGAUGUGCAACCAUCACACCGAUCCCAGAAGUGGCUGUAAAAGGGGGUGGGUUGGGGGCGGAGUGGGCUUGCACGUGCUCUGCUGACACGUGUGGGGUUCAGGAAAGUAAACCCCCACGCAAAACAGUUGUCGCCUGUUAUAAUUGCUGACUUGGACAGGGGUUGAGGCAACUUCAUAAGCUACGAACUACUUGAGAACCGGAGAUUAUAUAUACAGUGGUGCCCCGCAAGACGAAUGCCUCGCAAGACGGAAAACCCGCUAGACGAAAGGGUUUUCCGUUUUUGAGUUGCCAUGGGACGAAUUUCCUAUGGGCUUGCUUGCAAGACGAAAAUGUCUUGCGAGUCUAGAGAUUUUUUUCGCUUUCCCCCUUUAUCUAAUCUGCUAAGCCUUUAAUAGCCUUUAAUAGCCUUUUAGCAGCUAAUCCCUAAGCCUUUAAGCCUUUAAUAGCCGCUAAACCGCUAAUAGCGCUAAUCCGUUAAGCCGCUAAUAGGGUUGCUUCGCAAGACGAAAAAACCGCUAGACGAAGACUCUCGCGGAACGGAUUAAUUUCGUCUUGCGAGGCACCACUGUACCUUUGAAUGCCUGUUGUUGAAGUGUGAGUGGCAGAAAGCUGUCAGACUUGGUUCCUCCGUACGGGCUUCCCAUGUGCAUCUGGUUGUGAGCACAGGAUGCUGGUUUAGUUAGGUCUUUUUUCUGAUCCAUCAGUCCCCUUAUACUAAGUUUGUACUUUUUGAAAUGAUUUUAAAAGGAAGUACUGUUUCUUGCCCACAGUGAUAAUGCAGCAAAAGUAAUGGUAGAGCUGCUGGGAAGUUACACAGAGGACAAUGCUUCUCAAGCCAGAGUUGAUGCUCACAGGUAAUGUAAACGUUACAAACUACAUUUAGGAUUGUUUAAUGUGUUAAUGGUCAGUGAAAGUUUCAGUAACAAGAAAUGCAGCCCCAAACAUGCUAAAUUCUUAUUCCUCUCCCCACUCUCCAAAUACUUUGCUUGCCACUUCAGAUUUGUAGAUGAAUGGCAAGGGGUUUUGCUAAAACGUUUUGCUGAUGGUGAGAGCACAACCGGUAAUGUGUGGGAUGUGCAGGGAUUCUUAACUGAAUACAGUCGUACCUUGGUUGUCAAAUGGAAUCCGUUCCAGAAGUCUGUUCAACUUCCAAAAACAUUUGACAACCAGGGAGCAGCUCAAUCGGAAACUGCAUCGGGUGUUUGGCUUCCAAAAAACGUUCGCAAACUGGAACACUCUCUUCCGGGUUUGUGGUGUUCAGGAGCCAAAACAUUUGAAUUGCAAGGUGUUCGAGAUCCAAGAUACGACUGUACAAAAUAUCUCCCACAUUAGAAUGCCUAAAUGUCACCCUCUUAUAUUUUUCAAAGUGGUUUUUUGUUUUUGUUUUUUGUAUUUUAGCGGUGGCCAAGACCUGUUGGUAUAAAAAUAACCUUCUUGUCUAGGGUAAAAGAAAAGUUCAGUUGAAGUACAUGUCUAAGACAGUUAAGUUCAUUUCCUGUCCAAUUCCUUUACAACUUCCGCACAGGACGCAGAAUCUGUGUGUAUGAAACGGCAAUUCUUUGACUUCUGUCUGGAUCUUAGUGUUUGUAGAAAAUACCAGUUGAAUGCAUCAUCAACAUUUUUAAACAUUAUCUGAGACUGUGUAAAAUGCCUUUCCAAUAUCAUUCUGUAGUUGAUCUGCCCUUACAGUGAUGCAUAGUUAGGGCACUUGGCUCUGCCGCUUAUUGGGAAGUUAUACACUGAAUAGAUUUCUUCAAACAGGGAGACGUUCCAUAAUAUUAAAGAAAACAUACUCUAGUUUGGACUCCUGUUGUAGCUGCCAUUGGUUUGGGUUUGUUAUGAAUGGGGCAGUUUGGAAAGGUUUAUAUAAGAGAAGUAGGGAGAAAUACCAGCCUUGGUAGUUCUUCCAGGUAGUAGCAAGCAGUGUGUCAUAUGUUAUCAUGGUGGAAAGUAGUGGAGGCAAGGGUUAAAUUGCAGUUCAUGCAAGUGUAACAGGCAGGAGGAAAGUGUCUCUGAGCAGGUACAGGAGGAAUGCGGAGUAACUAAUAUUUGGUAUAGAAAGGAGAUCAAUCUGCAAUUUUUUUGUUGGUUUCCAGUUCCCUCCAUUUUGCAUUAAAAGCAGAUAAUACUUUACUGUAAGUGUACUUGAUCUGUGAAGCAGAAAGCCAACUACAAUAAAAUAUACAUAACUGUUGUCUGGGGCUGGUUCAUGGCCAGCCACACAGCUAGGUAGCCAGACUCCCCACCUUUUUGUGACAAUGAUAGCACAGAGAAAAGAUUUUGUUCUGAAUAGCCUUUUGUUUUCAGUGAAUGUUCCUGCAAACUUAGACCUAAAAGUUUGGUAGGCAUCCCUAAAUAUAGAUGCAUAUUUAAUUGUGUCAUGGAAGAAGACAAUUGGACAGGCUUGCUUUUAUAUAUAGGUGUUACAGAUGCACACCACUUCUUUCCCCUUACAUCCCAUAACAUUUUCAGUGUUAGGCAAAUCCCUCCCCCCCCAUGCUUCUUAAAGAGAACACUCAACUUGAAUUAGUUUUUAUGCUGCUUUUGUUUGUUAUCUCUUAACCCAAUGUGUUUAUAUGUAUUUAUGUUGUAUUUGUAAAUACUGUUCAAGUGUUUUUGGAAUACACUUUGAUUUGGAGGUUGUUUUUGCAGAAUGGUUUUUAAAAAGCUAUUAAAUUAACUAGAAAUGCAUUUUUUCUUCCUUACACUUUACUUUCCUAAAUAGGUGUAUUGUCCGUGCAUUAAAGGAUCCUAAUACCUUUCUCUUUGAUCAUCUUCUCACCUUAAAACCAGUCAAAUUUUUGGAAGGAGAACUUAUUCAUGAUGUAAGUAUUAAUUUCUAAACUUAAAUAUUAAACACUUGGCAUGCUGCAUGUGAGAUAAAAUUGCUUAACCAUUUUAGUGGGAUUGAAUCACACAGAAGUUAUUUUGCAUUGUGUUGUUUAUAGUGUCUAGGUUUGCAUGUCAUGCAAACACAUAGUUUAGUGUGAUGUGAACCAUUAGGAAAUAAGCCUUGAGCUAACUAGUUACCCUCCCCUCACUCCUAGCUGCUGGAAGGAGUAGCUUAGAAUAUUUUGAUUUUCCUUUUGUUUGAUCACAGCUUGCCAUGCUCAGAUCAACAAAUUGUGGUUAACAUUAACUACAGUUUGUUUCAGACAAACCAACUUCAGACAUAGUUACUGAAGCCAUAUUAUUUAAAUUAAUAAGAGUUGAGAGAAGUAGGCCUCUACAACAAAAUGUUGUAAUCUGAUGAGAGAAGAGGAUGUUGCAGAAUCUUGGGCGCCAGAGAUGGAGGGAGCUGGGGCCCAGCAGGAACAUGAGCUUUUGGAUUUGACAAAUGAACUUGGAAAAAGCCAGAUUAGGAAAGAUAAAGUUUGGACUGAUUUGGAAAUGGGGGGUUGGAUAGACCCCCCUAUGCAGGGAUGUUUGGACUUUCCGAUUCUGGCAAUGGGCCGUGAGAUGUUUGGAGCUGUGGGGGCUCUUAAUUUUGGAGGGAUUCUGAAACAUGUUUUUAAAUACUACAUGGAGUUUAGUCUGGACUAUGGAAAAGGGGCUGAUUUGUUGAAAAGGGUCAAAAACAUUACCAAGCUGGAGUUCCCAUGAGUGAAAGGUGAAUAUGAAGAAGAGCCGCGGAAGGGACAUGGAAGGGACUUAAGGGCCUCAGAUAUAAGGUUACCAGGUUAAUGCGCUAGAUCGAUGGGAUAAAAAGGACUGACAAAACCCGGGACCAGGAGGAAGGGACGCUGGAUGAAGAUUGGAUUGUUUCUAUUUCUUUUUUUUAUCACUAGGAUUGUUUUAUAAAAUUGAUGACUGUUAGACAAAUGUUGGACCGAAAUUACUUGGCUCUAGCAAAAAUGUUUAAAGAAUUAGGCAAGAAUAUUAUGGUUAUGAGAAGUGGGUAAAAAUAAGAUUUAAGUUUUAAGGUUUUUUAUAAGAUAAGAUGAAAAUAGAUUAAGGUAAUGUAAUGACAGAAUAUUAUGAAAUAUGGAAAGGAUAAUUAUUAACUGGGAUACAAAAAAAGGGAGGAGGAGGAGGAGGAGGUCAAAGAAAGAAGGUAAUGAAAGUUGAAGAUUUGAGAAUGUUGGUUUUAUUUUUAUCUGUUUGUGGUGUAUUUUUGUUUUUUGAAUUUGUAUUGUUGGAUGUGGUUUGUUUGUUUUUUUCCUCUUUUUUCUUUUUUUCUUUUUUCUUUCUCUGCUUUGUCUUUUUCUGUAAUUUUAAAAAUUUUCAAUAAAUAUUUUUUUAAAAAAUGUUGUAAUCUAGAGUGCUUCCGGAUUCUGGAUGACCAUUUCAUUUAUCCUCUUCACUUCACAUUUCUUCUUCAACCCUGCUCAGACCUCAUUGGGCUGGGUUAUUUUUGAAGGGUGUAGCAGUGAACCCACUUGUUCUCAAUCCCAAUUGUAUUAAAUUGGGAUUGAGGCACGUAGGCAGUAGGCACGUAGGCAUUUCCUUCUUCCCACCCAAUUGAUAGGGCCCCCCUCCCCGGUUCAGUGUCUUAAUGUGUUUGGGGAUUUUGACCUUUGUCAAUACUGCCCCGUACAGAUUUUUGUUGUAUUUUUACAUACCUGAUUUUUCGCUCUAUAAGACGCACUUUUCCCCUCCUAAAAAGUAAGGGGAAAUGUGUGGGCGUCUUAUGGAGCGAAUGCAGGCUGCGCAGCUUUCGUUGAAGCCAGGAGAGCAAGAGGGAUUGGUUCACCCCAAUCCCUCUUGCUCUCUUGGCUUCGCUUCGCUGGAGAGCCACUCCUCCCGUUUUGCUAGAGAGGCGCUGUGCAGAGAGGGAGAGAACUUUUUUUUUUCCUUGUUCUCCUCCUCUAGAACUAGGUGCGUCUUAUGGAGAGAAAAAUGUGGUAACUCAGGGAUACCACAAGUUUCCUGGUAUUUCUUUCUUCAGCAUUAGUCCCACGGUUUUGGCUACAGAAGCAUAAGCACAGAAAAUAUGAAUUUGUAUUAGUAAAUAGAAAAGUGAGACUUGCACCAGUGUAUCUUGGGGGGGGGGUGACAUAGUUGACAUCAAAUAUUGAGUUCUUUCUCUAACCUGGUUCUGUCUUCAUAUGCAUAUUUUUAAUUGUGUUUUUUAAUGUUUAAAAGUGCAACCAGUUUGCAUGCGUCAGUGUAGCAUGAAAAAGAGAGUGAAAGGUUUUGCCUGGGAGGAGCUUGGAAGGGGGCUAAUUAGCUUCACCUCUGAUCAGUGGACUAUUUUGCUGUAACUUCCUUUUGGUACAGGGGAUGGGGUGAAUACACUGCCCAAUCUCCAAUGCAUUAAAUGCUUUCAGUCUGGCACCAGUUUAACUUUUACUUCACCAGUUACCCCAGCAUCCAACAGUCUCAUGCAAAAGAAACAUAUUUUUGAAUAAGAUGUUGAGGACAAGUGGCUCAUGACCAUCUUAAGCUUCCCAUUUAACUCUAGUUAUUUAAAAGAAAUCAAACCAAGAUUUUAUCCUAAUUGGUUUUAGCUAACUAGACUUAAAAUAAACUGGGCUGUUAAUUAUGCUCUGCUUUUUGGAAAGUAUUCCUCCCCCCCCCCCAAAAAAAAAUUGGUUUACAAUAAUUUGUACGUAGCAGGAAACUGGUUUAGUCAAAAGGGAAAGUAGAAGCAUUCACUCUCGUUCUGAUCUUUGCAGAGGAGGAGAAAGAUGGGGAGUGGGAAGUGUGUGAGUUCAAGUUGCCACGGCUCCUUUACAGUCAUCCCUAACCCCGUGACAGGCAAUCUGUGGCCCUUCAGAUGCAGUUGGACUUGAUCUUCUGUCAUCCUUGAGUAUUGGGCAUUCCAAUGGACUUGAUGAGAAUUGGAGUCCAACAACAUCUGGAGGGCCACAAGUGUCCCACCCUUGCUGUACACCAUGGCAGCUUGAAUUCAACCAGUAUUUUCUGUUCUGUUCUCUAAAUGAAAUGUCCGGGAGAUGUCUGCUAAAUUAGACAUGUUCAUAUCUUGUCCUGUCCUCAUAAUUGACAAUUUCUUUCUUUGUAGCUUUUGACAAUUUUUGUUAGUGCCAAGUUAGCAUCCUAUGUCCGGUUUUAUCAGAACAACAAGGACUUCAUUGAUUCUCUUGGUAAGUUUUUUUCUUUCUUUUUUAAUGCACAUUUGGUGUACCCAAGACAUGGCUGUGAUAUAAACCUAGCUCAGCUACUCAGAAGGAGGUGCUGUGACUGUCCACUUGCUCUGCUAACUGUGUCUAGUUCCAGGAUGAGUACCCUUUUUUGCCUUGUGGGCACAGUUACCUUAUACCAACCAUGUGGAGGCUUCAUACAGAUCAGCUGAGGAGGGGAGUAAUGGCUGCUAUCCACUUACCAAAUGGUUGAUCUCAUGACUAGGGAGGGGGCAAUUUGCAUCCCCAUCAGGGCACUGGGCUUCACCCACUCCAGUCCUGUUUCCCCAGCCCCUGCUAGCUCCAAAAUGUAUGGGGUCUGAAGGAGCCAGGAAAAUUGGCUGCAUGGAGCAGGGAUCAGAUCAGGCUCCUGAACUUGUGGUUUGCCUUUAAAAAGGAUUUAAAGUUUAUCCUUGGGUUCUCCAGUGCUGUUUGAGAUUUUGUCCACUCAUGGCUUCACCAGUUGGAAUGGAUCCCACACUCCAAGGCACUCAGGCGCUUUACUGAUCUGCAGGCAACCCCGAGAGAGUUGUUCCCAGGGUGCUUAUGUUCUACCACAAUAGGGCUUUCUUUCCAGUUGUGUGUGCUUGUAGUUACAUAAUCUCAAAAACUGUAUCAGAAUACAGUUGUUUAGUUUAGCGACUGUUCAUUCUGAACUGAAUGCUUUUCUUUUGCUGUCUUUUGUGUUUGAACUGUGGUUUUCAAGCAUCCACUUGGAAAGUCACAGGAACAGUAAAUCCUGUGGGAGCAGGUGUUAUUAUUGAAUCUGCAUUUCUAAACUGAAAAUAGCCAGUUUGAGAAUUCUGACAGCACUCCCAAGUUAUAUCCACUAUGUUAUUCAUCGAUGAGAGGUAGAGAAAGAUUUCCCAGUGUUUAUUGUCUAAAUGACUAAGAAAGAGGCCUGUUGUUUGAGUGAAGAUAGCCUCCAUCUUGUCUUCUUGCUUUUCUUCAGUUAGUCACAUACUCCACCUGUGCACUAAGCACGCAGCAGUUAUCAACAGUGCUGCAUGAGUGUUGAGGGGGAAACCCGACAUAGUGCAAGAGUGCUGCAUAAAUGGCCUACCAAGCGUUGUGGGGGCAGCCCCAUUUCCACAAAGCUGGCAACCUACGUGCAACAGAGAAACAUGCAGGCUGCUGCAUGGAUGAGGUGCUGUUUGAGGAACAACCAAACCCCCUUGUUGUAGGAUCAUGAUGUGAAUCAACCAAAUCUCCCUCUAACAAGGCUGAAGUACAGUCAGAUUGAGCACUUGCAAGUGUUCUUAUGCAAGCUUAAUCUUUUUGCAGAUGCAUUAAACCUUGCAAACCACAUUCUGUCCCAGUUAAUAUGUUUCAUAGGAUGAAGCUUUGUGAUGGAAUGUUAAUGUCAGCAGCCUCUUUAUUUACACACUGUGGAAAGAAAGGAGUAGUAAUUAACACUUUGGCACUCCCCCAUUGAUGUGUAAUUGACUGUUUCAAAAGAGCACUGGUUCAUAAGCUAUUGCAUGCAUGAAAAUUACUUUUUCUGUAUUGCAGCAUUUUAGGACAAGGGUCAGUGACAAUGCAAAAAUUGUUCAAUGAUGCAAGCUUUUAUAUUAUGACAUUAAGGUUUAGAUAUACUGGUAAUGAAUAAAUGUUUCCAUAAAAUUGGGAUUUAAAAAAAUAGUGACCAGAAUGGAGGUUAAUUUUACUUGAAAAGGAAAGGGUAAUAGGCUUUAAAACAUACAAAUCUUUUUAGCACUAGGUAGAAUCCUGAAAACAAAGGUGAACAUUCCUCAAUUUAAGAUAGAAAUUUUAGAAAGAAAAAUAUAUUAUUUUUCUUAAUGAAAACAAAGAAAGCUUUUCACCUUAUGGUAGCUGAUAUAGCCACUGCUUGAAUGUUACAAAAGCAUGCACGUGACUAUAUUGCUCAUUAAAUAUCAGGUAAUUUUUUAAAAAUCUGAGUAAUGGAGCCUCUCCUAGGAUGUUACCAUAGAUUAGAUUGUGCCAAUCAAGUGCAUUCAAAGGCAACUUGUUUCAUUUGGGUGUAGUAUAAACAUAACAAAUUCUUGUGCAAUGGAUUAAACCAACUAAUCUACCAUUAGUUAUACUUCUAGUAAACCCAUUGAAAUAAAUGGAUUUAAGUAACUUAGGUUCUUUGAUUUCAGUGGAUCUACUCUUGAGUAUGACUAGGUCAUCCAUUGUCUGUGUGUGAAAAUAAUGUAUUUUUUAUGUAUUUGAAAUGCAUUCAGAUAUGGAGAAUAGCACAGAACACAUCUAAUUCUUUUUGGGCCAACCAAUUAAGCCAGCCGAGAUUGUUGGGUUUUUUUUUAACUUUUACGGUAUUGGAAAUAAUCCUCUAAAUCGCUAGUAUGCUUUUUAUACUGUAAUGUUUUCUAUUUUUUACAAUUAAUGUUUUCCCUCAUUUUAUCCCCCUGCUGGUUUUAUUUUUCUUCAAAAUUAAUAACAAGGCUUGCCAAUCUAAAUCAUCUAUUCAGCAAAAGCUCUCACAAGUGGCAUCAGUUUGUUACAAUGUGUUGUUUUAUUAAUGCUGACAAGUUAGGCCAACAGUUGUAUUAUCAUGUGUCAACUGUGAAUCGCCCUAACAUGUUCACAUUUAAAUCUGGUAGUAUGGGCAACCUUUUUACUUUAGCAGGGUAAUUAACAUCUCAUUUGCAUUUGUUAAUUAGAGUUUAUGAGCACUAAUUGAUUUUUUGUGCUUGUAGAUUUCCAUUAAAACCAGUUAGCUAUAGUUUCUGAAGCUCCCUAUUCGCUUGAGUUAUGAUGAUCACAUUUUUGUUGAAUUGGUGCCAGAUAAAUAGCCUUCAUCAUAAUUACUGCUAAUUAACACAACAUUAUGUCUGGUAGUAAUGUGCUUCCCUGCGCUUCUAUUAGUCUAACAGUGUUAUUAAUUCCAAACAUAAAUAUUUGUUGAGUGUUCAGGUUAUCUCAUCCAUACUUCUUUUCCAAUGUCUGAAACUUUAAAGAGACUAUUUUACAGAAACGUUAUUCAACUAUUUUGUAAAAACAAAUAAAGUAAAUUUACACCAACUUAUUUUUUGUUUGCUGUUCACAUAUUGCUGCAUAUUGUAUUAUAGCCUUCCCCAACCUGGUGCCCUCCAGAUGUUUUAGGACUAGAAUUCCCAUCUGCCUCAGGAGAUGGGGAGAACUGCUGUAACAUCACACUUUUGUAUCCUAAGAACUUCACAAUCAAUAGCAUUUGUAGAAUUCAAUAAGAUGACAUCCUGUUCCUCCUAUGUAAAUGAAUGCAUAAAAUACAAAUUGGUCAUAAUAUGGAAUGAGUAAUAUCAACAAGAAACUGAAUAUGUAUCUUCCAUAAACUUACAACGUAUUUUGAAAUCAGCUCUGUAACUACCCUAAGAAUUAAGGACCGUAAGAGUUGACACUUGGAAUGUGAACCUCUUGCGGUGGGGAUGGCAGGUCACAGUUGCCUCAGUAUGUCUCACUUGUACUAUAGAAAGGGAUUGUUAACUGGGGUGUGUAGGGGGGGUGCAAGUAGUAUGUUAUGUACUUAGUAUCUCUUCCAUGCUGCAUAGAUGAAAGGGGCGGUAGGAUCACACCUACUAACUCUGUCCUGACAUUGGUGCAACAUCUGUUACAUGAGUGUGCAAAGAAAAGAUGUAGUUGCAUAAAAGCAGCCAGUCACAGAAGCACCAACUGUUUUUCAUGCAAUGGUUAAGAUUUCUUGGAAGCAUUUUGGUUUUCCCAAUAUUACUUCAUAUCUAGCACUCUGCCACUGCUGAGCACAGAACAAAAUCUAGCACCAGGUGACAAUGGAGGAUGACCCUCAAUCCUAAAUAAACAGGCCUACUAUUCUGCAAGAAGAAACAAAUUCAUUCUCUAUCUUCACCUCCUGUAUUCCGUUCUUAAUGCAAACUGACCUUAUUUACACCUCUUGGAAUAAAUUAAAGAUCCGAACAUAAUACUGUAAUCCUUCAGUUUUUGUACUGUGAAUUUUGCAGUGCAGUUCUCCCAAAAAGUAUCUAACUGCCUGACGUGGAUCAACAAUUCCUAGCAAAAACUUACACUGUAGUGUGAUCUCUAAUGCAGGUUUAUUGCAUGAACAGAACAUGGCAAAAAUGCGACUGCUCACCUUUAUGGGAAUGGCUGUGGAAAACAAGGAAAUCUCAUUUGACACCAUGCAGCAGGAACUUCAGGUUGGAGCUGAUGAUGUUGAAGCAUUUGUUAUUGAUGGUAAGAGAGGUUAUAUGAUCCUAUUAUAUGCUGGCUGAUAAGACCUUUACUGAUACUGAAAACCUGUACAACUGUUAAUGAUUUGAAGCAGGCGGUUAGGAUGUCACAGUCACCUUUUUGCUUCUUUUGGUAAAGUGCAUCAUCACUGGUGUGGAAACUGCAGUGAAGACUCAAACGGUGCCCGUGCUAUAAUCCAGUAGCCAGUGUAAAGUCCUGAAUUGGGUCGUUUUGGGGUAGGGUCCCUCGUAGAUUCUCCAGACCCAAUUCUUGGGUUCUUCAGGUAUGCCAGCAUGGAGCUGACAAGGGGAAGGGGAGCGUAUUCCACCCUGGUGCAGACAGCAAACAGGAUUGCUUUAUUGUUGUAACCACAAUUUGAAUGCAAUAGUUGACUAUGCAGUGUUUCUUGUACUGUUUUGUGAUAUAUUAGAAACCCACCUUUUAAUUGUUGCUCUUUGUUAAAUUGCAUGUGAUUUCCAGUGAGAACCUCCUUGUAGAAAGUGCACAUAGUACACUCUUACAUAUAAAGCACUAUGCAAGGCUUAGUGAAAUACAUUUUUCUGCAUGCCAUGGUAUAACGACAAAAAUUGAACACCCGUUGAAAGGACAUCCCUAUAUUCACUUCAGUUCCAGGGGAUUACUGAAGCUCUUAUCAGUUAGGGUUUCAACACAUGUUAAAAGAAAUUCAUCAUAAUGUAUUUGUUCUUUGCAGCUGUAAAGACAAAGAUGGUGCAUUGCAAAAUUGAUCAAACACAGAGAAAAGUAGUGGUCAGGUGAGUCUUAAAUCUUUUUGUGAAGCAACUUAGUGCAGUGCUAAUUAUAGCACUUAAACAUCUGUUUAAUAUUUUUACUAGACGCAAGAUAUUCCUAUCAGUUGCCUGUAGUUAAAUAGUUGCUAUUUAUCAUAAUUUUAUUAAAGCACAGACUGAAUGUGAUUAGCUUAUUUAAUGAAAGAGUCCUAUUUUCCAGCACAUUUCAUUUAAUGGCCAAACAGUGGUAAGAAUACUAAUGAGUUUUGUCUGAGGUUUUUAAGUACUGACGAAGGCUGCAGAAUACCAGACUAGCUGGUCUAUAAAGCCUUGUUAUAGAGGGUAAAACAGUUUUGUUUUCACAUCUUAUCUCAUGUUUUAUUUUUUUCUCAAUACAUAUGUACCGAAAAUAUGGUAUGUGUUUUUGAAAGCAGAACUUUGAUGCAAUUCCUUUUACAUUUCUUUAUUUUAGUCACAGCACACAUCGAACCUUUGGAAAACAGCAGUGGCAACAGCUGUAUGAUACACUUAACUUCUGGAAACUAAAUUUGAAUCAAGUGAAAAACAGUCUCCUUAGCUUGUCAGACACCUGAUUAUUUGAUGUAAUAUUUAGUUUGUAUUGGAUGGAAACUCAGCUAUAUUAAACCAUUCAACUUAAUAUUGUGAACUUUUUAUUGAAAAUAUCUAAUUGGCUGAAAUACAUAAAAUAAGUUGAACUACAGGCUGAUAAAGCAAUAAACUUUAAACCAGAAUGAAUCCUGUUCCCCUGUUCUGUUUUAUAAUCAUAAGAUCUUAUAUUCUGGCAUAAAGAAGUAGGAUAGUCAUAUGAUUUUUAUAAAUGUGGUAUUUUCUGACCUUUAGUUGGUAACUUUCAAAUGAAAUAGCUAUUCUAAAGUAUUCUUUUUUAAAAACUAAGGUAGACAAACCUGCAGAAAUGAAAGCAGUUUUCUUAAUACAUGACAUUUGCUCAUAUAUGUCACCAGUCAAAGACUUUAUCAAAACAAUUACAUUAUGCUUCUGCUUUAUCUGUUGUUAAUGUUUUUUCUGUAUCUUCCUCGUGCUUUCUCUUUCUUGGGUGGCCAAAACUUUUUAAAUGCAGAAACCUUUCAAUAUUGUCAAUUCGUGUUUUUAUGAAGACAUUUUGUGAUUUCCAGUCUUUCUCUUCAGUGUUCUGUGAGCUCUGCUUUAAAAUAGCUGCACUGACUUCUGAGAGUGGUUGAGAAGUCUUCUGUUGUCCUAAUGGGCACUCUGUUGUGACCUAAAAUCCACACAUAAGACAUUAAAGAUUUCAUUUUCUCAUGGCUGAUCAACACUCCACUGGACACUCUUCUAGACAUUAUAUAGGCAUAUACAUUGGGUGUUUAUGCACUGAUUUCUGCUGUUUACGUAUUGGAGAUAUAACGAAUUGGCAUCUGUGGGUAUUUUUGUACUGGCCUUCAAUCAUAUUCCCAGUGCAUUUUUAAAGAAACAAAAAAAAAUUGAAAUGUAAACAAAAUAAAAUGCCAUCAAAUUACAAAAGCAGGCAAGGCAAGGAAGAUUAAAAUUGUAUCUUAAAAGCUUGGAACUACAGAGCGUUUUUUGGUGCCAAAACGACAAGUAAGUGCUGGGAAACGUCCCUCUCUAUCAGAUUGCAGUUAUGAUUUACAAAUGGGCAUUGAUUGCACUUUAAAAGGAAGCACAAUUCCUAUCCUUUCCCACAUGUACAUGAAGAUUGUUUUGUAAAAGAAGAUUCUCUAAACUUCCUGCCAAUUUCUAAUUUAAAAUUCUUCAAAUAUUACUGGGGGGGAGUGGGACAGUGCAUGGAGGGUAAAGAGCACCUUUCACACCCUGUCCCACCCCUGCUGGUGCCCAGGUGCAGACAGAGCACAGAGGGUACUCGCAUGCCCUGCAGGGGCUGGGUGAAUGCAUGGAGGGAGCCCUCCACGCUCAUCCAGUCUCCACUGCUGACACGCUCACAUGUGGGGGGGGAGUGCCCAAGAUUCUGCACCUGGGGUCAUGGCCCCCCAUGCUAUGCCCCUGCCACCACAAUCAGUUGUGAUUACUAACAAUGUAAGGCAAGUAAGGUAGCUAGGAUGGCUUUGGGGAAUAGGAAAACAAGCGGGGUGGGGGGAGGAAUCAGGUGGUGUUCUCCCACUCAGAUUUUGUUCCAAGUAGAAGUAUUUCAGAGCCACAAACUCAGUUUGAGGAGGGCUUGCAACUUGCCCCAGGGGUGGUCUGAGUCUAAAGGAACUGGGAAUAGUCUAGUAGUUAAGCCUAUUGUUGAGGUACUGAAUGUUCCAGGUGUCUUAUGAAAAAAGGAAGAAUGAGUCAAUUUGAUUGCUUGAGACCCUAACCAAAGAUUGGUCUCAGGAGGGCAGGAAAAGAGAGAUCUUCUCAAUAAGCCCCAGACAGCACUACACAAAGCCUGUUUUUAAUAGGGUGGAGCACUCCUCAGGCAUACUGUAUUUUUGCCAAAUUGCCUUUUUUUUGUCUUACUAGAUUUGUGCCACAUAUGAUGGUACAGUGCUCUAGCAUGACUUACUUUAUUUCAUGAUGUAGUUGAUGGAUUGGUCACGUACAAAACUGAUUAACUUGCCGGAUCAACCUAAAUGCACAUUUGCUUUUGUUUUCUUUCAGUGUAGUCGGGUUUAAAAUAGUAAAUACUUUGUAGUUUCUAAAAGUGAAGAUCCACUUUGUUAAUGUCAAGUACUAAUUUGAACAUGUUGUGUUUAGUAUUGUUAUUACAUAAGAGAUUGAGCAUGGGUAGACAAACUAAGGCCCAGGGGGCCGGAUCUGGCCGAAUCACCUUCUAAAUCCAGCUUGCAGACGGUCCGGGAAUCAACAUGUUUUUACAUGAGUAGAAUAUGUACUUUUAUUUAAAAUGCAUCUCUGGGUUAUUUGUGGAGCAUAGGAAUUAAAAAAAAACACCAUAGUCCAGCCCCCCCCCCCCAAGGUCUGAGGGACAGUGGACCGGUCCCCUGCUGAAAAAGUUUGCUGACCCCUGAGAUUGAGGAACUAAAUAAAAUGUUAGGUAUACUUUCAUCUCUAAGAACAGAUUUAGAUUGGGUGACAGGAAACUACAAACUAC